AUGACUGAAGCCCCAGCCAAACGCCGAAAGGUUGGUCGCAACAGCCAGACGCCCAGAGACACCCCCUCCUUUGAAGACUUCGCGCCUGACGGAGAUGUCAUCUUCAUCGUGAAAGGCAAAACUCGAGUGCGCGUCCAUUCGGUGGUCAUAAAAUGCGCUUCUCCUGUUUUUACUGCUAUGCUGAAACCAAGCUUCAAAGAAGGCCGCGCCUUGGCUGAGUCAGGGGACUCACCUAUCGAGAUCCCAUUGCCAGAAGACAAUCCCGAGGAAUGGGGUUGGAUUUGCCGUGCUCUACAUUGCCAGGCUCACAUAAUGCUCUGGAAACCAACCCUGCUCCAACUGUGGCUCGCAGGCGAGCUUCAAGCAAUGCGGGACUGCGCCAUGAUGAAAGCAAUCAAGUUCGUGUACAGUGAUUUGCUUGUGACUCUACGUAUGGGCUGUGCUAAAUGUACAGAGACCUAUUUCCAGGCCGUGGAACGUGAAUUGGUCAAGAGGACCAGACAACCCACCUUUAUGGAGGCCAAUUCAGAACUUGCAGUUGUCCCUCAUGUCGUCUCUGCAAUCAACGGAUGA